AUGUCUCGCCCAAUUGAGCCAUUGAAAGAAAUCAAUGAUUCCAAAGAUUUGUGGAAGAUCUCAGUUAGAAGCAAGCAUCUAUGGUCUGUCACAAGUUCUUCAAACAAAGAACACAUGGAGAUGGUUUUGGUUGAUUCUAAGCGUGAUAUGAUUCAAGCUGUUGUCCCUGCUUAUUUGCUUUCGAAAUUCAAAUCUGAAAUUGAAACAGGAAACUCUUAUAUCAUGCAAAAUUUUAAAGUUGGGAAGAAUGAUUUUGCUUUUAAGUCGACAAAUCAUACAUACAAAUUGAUUUUUUGUGGGUCAACUUCUGUUAAGAAAGCAGAAUUUCCUGACAUCCCUCAUAACUACCUUAACAUUAUUGGUUUGAAUUCCAUAGUUGAAGGAAGGUUUCAAUCAAAUGUUUUGGUUGAUUUGAUUGGAGGAAUCACUGAUAUCUCUCAAACCCAAGUUAACGGUGACAAUAGCAAGAACAUAAUAGUUUUUUCAAUUGUAGAUGCCAGCAAAACAGUUAUACAAUGUACUCUUUGGGGGCAACUUGCAAUUCAGCUAUAUGACUAUUAUAAAAAUAAUAAGCAAGGUUCUGAUAUUGUCAUUGUGCUAAUCAAUGCAAGGGUUAAAAAGGCUCAAGGAGGAUUUCCAGUUAGUGUUUCCAACACAUGGAAUGGAACGAAAUUGUUGAUUAAUGACCUUGCUAUUGAAGAAGUUACGAAUCUAAAAGAAAGACUUGGUGUUGAUUUGCCUUUGUAA